GGUUGGAAUUAACCUGUUUUCCUUCAAUCUUUAAAAUCCCAUUUUACAGAAGUUGGUAUUGCAGCAACAAGUAAUCGUUUUAGUUUUGUGUUCUUUGCUGUCUGCUUGUCCUGACGCACCGAUUCACUGCAUUUUCCAGCAGAGAUCACAGGCUGGGAGGAUGACAGCUCGAAUGUAUUUCUCGUUGAUUGCUGUUUUUUUCUGUCUGUUUGGAUACUUCAGCAUAGCUCGCGCUAUUCAAAGACGAACCACAGUGAAGCCAGGUCAAUGUCCCAUACCGGAGAUGAUCCCACUCUGUGCUGAUAGCUGUUUCAAUGAUGGCCAGUGUCCUGCCACACAGAAAUGUUGCCCAACCACCGGUGGCUUUGCAUGCAGUGAACCGCGUGGCCAGGGAAGAGGUCAGGCAACUUGCCAUGGAAACGGUUCUGGCCAGGGAAGCGGCUAUGGCCAGGGCGCGGGUCAGGGAAGCGGCUAUGGCCAGGGCGCGGGACAGGGAAGCGGCUAUGGCCAGGGCGCAGGAGCAGGACAGGGAAGCGGCGCUGGAGCAGGAGCAGGACAGGGAAGCGGCGCUGGAGCAGGACAGGGAAGCGGCGCUGGCCAGGGCGCUGGAGCAGGAGCCGGACAGGGAAGCGGCGCUGGAGCAGGAGCCGGACAGGGAAGCGGCGCUGGCCAGGGCGCUGGAGCCGGACAGGGAAGCGGCGCUGGAGCAGGAGCAGGACAGGGAAGCGGCGCUGGCCAGGGCGCUGGAGCAGGACAGGGAAGCGGCUAUGGCCAGGGCGCUGGAGCAGGAGCAGGACAGGGAAGCGGUGCAGGAGCAGGACAGGGAAGCGGCGCUGGCCAGGGCGCUGGAGCAGGACAGGGAAGCGGCUAUGGCCAGGGCGCUGGAGCAGGAGCAGGACAGGGAAGCGGCGCUGGAGCAGGAGCAGGACAGGGAAGCGGCGCUGGAGCAGGAGCAGGACAG